AGGCUGCCCCAUUCUAUCUAUCUCUUCCAAUCUAUCAACAACUCUAAAAUUAAAAUUUUAAGUCUUCAAAAUUGCUCUGUAUAUAUAUUUUUAACCGGAUUAGCUUAAUUUUUACUCCCUGAAAUGCGGAUGCUUUGCGACAGACUUUCGGCCCUGACCGCGGGCGCUAUGGUCGGUGUCUGGUACGCCAAGAAUUUCCCCUGUGAAAAGUCCAAGGGGGGAGGGGACUCGCAGCCCAAGGACAAGGGCAAGGACAAGCCGAAGGCCCAGGAGAAAGGCAAGGAGUAGGGAUAUGAAAUAGCUAAUCUGGUUACCCGUAAACGUUCUAAUAGGCAGAAGCAAAAUUCAAAUGUCGACGAUGCAAUCGGCAUGAAAAGAGAAAGUUUGAAGUAAAUGACCACUGACCGGAUACGAUAAUGCUUCUGAUAACGCACCGCCGGCAAAGCUCUAUUGUUAUCGAUGCUUCUUAGGAUUCAGAACCAUGUUUUAUUACGAUUCCACCCAGCUGAUUUACUCUAAUGAAGGGGUGUUAGCCCCUUGGCAUUUUAAUAAAGAUGCAAAAAUGCGUAUUAUAUCAAAAAA